CGCGAUCAAAAGUCGAGAUUUCGACUUUGCUGCAAGAGAAAGUGUCCUCGUCAUCGUAUCCUCGUGCCUCGGAGCUCUUUCCCGGUCUCGCGAGGAGCUCUUCUGGCCCUCGACGACCCCACCCCGCCUUUACUCUAUCUAUUCUAUCUAUUAGGUAUAUACCUCACUACAGCAGCCUUCAACAUUUCUCUCGCCGCAAAAUACAAAGUCACCAAGAUGGCAGCAGCUUGUAUCUUCUGCAAAAUUGUCAAAGGGGAUAUUCCAUCCUUUAAGCUCUUCGAAUCCGAGAAGGUCUUCGCAUUUCUCGACAUAAACCCUCUGAGCAGAGGGCAUGCUCUUGUGAUCCCGAAGUUCCACGGCGCGAAGCUAACCGAUAUACCUGAUGAUCAAUUGAGCGAGAUACUGCCAGUAGUGAAGAAGCUCGUCAAAGCAACCGGCGCAGAGAAUUAUAACGUCUUGCAAAAUAAUGGGCGAAUUGCGCACCAAGAGGUUGACCACGUACAUUUCCAUAUGAUUCCGAAACCAAACGCCGAAGAGGGGCUGUCGAUUGGAUGGCCACAACAGAAGACGGAUAUGGACAAGUUGAAGGAACUUUUUGCGGAGAUCAAGUCGAAGAUGUAA